CAUUGCUCUUUUUAUAGAUCAUUGAUAUGAAUUAUUAUGACUUAAUUGCACUUAAGGUUUUAAUAUAUAUCAAGAUUUUUAAUUUUUUAAAAGAUAUUGAAGAAAUAUAGCUUUAAUUAUACAUGAGAGUUAAAUAAUUUUAUUUAGUUCAACUAUUUAACCUUAUUUUAAAGCUAUUUAUAAUUGCACAUACAAUUGCUUGUCUUUGGUAUUUGCUAGGUUUAGUAGAAUUAAGAUAUUUAGGAGUAGAAAAAACUUGGUUUGAUGAGAGUAUUGGAGCAGACUUAAUUUGGUGGAAGCUUUAUCUGGCAGCUUUUUAUUGGACAUUAACAUUAAUGACAACAGGCUCAAAUGUAAGUUCAACUGUGUUACAAACAUUUUAUACUUCCUUUAUCAUGCUUUUCAUUAGUAUCGCAUUCGGCUAUAUUUUAAGUGUAAUAGGUCUUAUAUUAGCAGAAAUGGCUAAAUAAUAAGAAAAUCAAACAAGAGACAUUCGAACCAUCAAUGAAUAUAUGAAAUAAAGAAAUAUUUCAAAUAAUUUAAAAGCUAAAGUCAACUAAAAUUUAUUGCAUUAUUACUAAAAAAAUUUCAAACAACAAUAGAUUGAAAACGAAUAAGUACUUUGCAGAAUAUCGGGUGAAUUAAAGGAUUCUCUUCUUUCAGAAUAUAAUAUGAAAAUACUUGAAAAAAUCUCAUUUUUAUAAAAAAAUUUUAGUGAAUAAACUAUGUAUUAAAUUUCACUGUGCUUAAAGGAAGAAUAUUAUUUCCCUAAUUAAAUCAUACAAUUUGAAAAAGAUGUAUAAAAUCAGUCAUUAAUGAUUAUAACAGAGGGUUAAGUUGAGAUUGAUUUAUAUCCAAAUUCUUAAAUUAAAUAGCAAAAUAUUAUUUAAUUACUGAAUCCAGGCGAUGUGUUUGGCUAAUUUAGCUUGUUUACUGGUUAGGCAUAAUAAUUUAGUACUAAAUCUACUGAUUUUACAAAGAUUAUGAGAUUAGAUAGAUAAGAUUUGAUAGAAAUAGUAAAGAAAAAUGAUAGUGAGUAUCAAAAAUAUUGCGAGAUAAAAGAUAAAAUUCUAUUCUAAAAUGGAUAUUAAAAUGUUGAUUUAAAAUGCUUAGUUUGUAAUAGCUAAACUCAUUUAUUUCAAAAUUGUACUAACAUAAGUUUAAAUAAAAAAGGAAUUCUGAUUAAGAUAAAGAUUUUAGAAUCAGAUAAACAGAAAAGAUAAAAAUUUAAUAGAAAAUAGAGCCAUACUUCAACACCUUUGAUACUUCUUAAAUAUUAAACUUCUUUAUCAAAGCGUCUUUAAUAAUAAUUAGAGUUUGAAAAACAGUUUUCAGGUUAAUCUUAAUCAGACAGUUCCUCAUCAGAUUCCUCUUCAGAAAAUUAAUAAGAAGAUAUUGUUAGUUAACUUUAGAAUACAAUAAAAAUAUAAAGUGACACAUUCAAGAUAGAAUCAGAUUUAAAUACUUAGUAAUUUAUUGAUAAACUCAAUAAUUUAAGAAAAAAUUCAUAAUUUAUUAAAUUUAAUACUCAAGAAUUAGAAGAAAUAAUAUUGUAGGCAGAUUCUAAAAAAAUUUUAAAAGUAGAAAGAGAAGAGGACAAAGAAACUAGCUGCAGUAAUAUUGAAAACAUUAUCUAAGAACGUGAAAAUAUUCAUAGCUUAGUGAUUGAAAAUAAUAAUCAAGAGCUUCAGUAGCAAGGUAUUAUAUCAAAAAAUAAAAAGACUACUUUCCAUAUAAGCAAUUACACUGACUAACAAAAAUAAAAAAUUGUGAAAAAGCUGCUUGGAGCUUUAGAACCUUCAUAAAAAUAUUCUAGAUAGGUUUCAUCUGAAAAAAGAAAACAUGUAAUUCAUGACAUUUGGGGAAAUAUUAUUGAAAAAAAUGAAUAACCUCAUCAUACAAAUAUUUUUGCAAGAACAAAUAAUUAAGAAGUUAUAUAAUAAGCUUAGGAAUUUAAUGAUUGGAUAUUUGAUUGCCAAAAAGAUUAUGAAUUUUAUUUCUCUUACUCUAAUUUUAAAUAAGUGUUAACAAAAUUUUAGAAAUUUUAAUUAAGGAAAGCCAAAUAAUAACGAAGAUAAAUAAAGGAAUGUAUAAAAGAAAAACCUAAAAAUAAUAUAAAAUGAUUAAUUUAAUUGUAAGAAUUUUUAAUUAAAGACAUUAACUAAAAGCAUUUAACUAUUACGCUUAGAAUCUUACAUUUUUAUUAUUUUAUUUUACUUUACUUUACUUUUGCCAUUAACUUGAAAUAAAAGCUGAUUUGCUUAAAUAUAAAAUUUAUUUUAAUUAUGUAAUUUAUUAAAAAAUAAAAAAAUACAUUGUAAAAGGAAAUAAAUAAGGUAUUUAAAACUUAAGUUUGAAAUAUUAGAAUUUGUAUUACUUCAAUUUUAUUGAUUUAAACUCAUUUAAAGUUGCAAUGAAUCCUUUUAUUUUUUAAUUGUACUUUUUGAAUAUUAAUCUAUAUGAUUAUUUAAUGACUUUGA